CUUAACAUGGCAGCCCCCUUUGAAAUAAGUGGGAUGGGCCAGAAAAUAUCUAUAUCUGAUGAACACCAUAGAUUGUGGAAGUCUAUCUCUCUAACGCAUAUAGAAUAUUAUGCAGGUGAUAUAAUUGGAUUUCUAUUAGCAUGGAUCUGCCUGUUGCCUCUAGCUCUUUUGGUUGGAUUUGUCACGCUCAUACUGUUCCGGAGGGAUCUUCACACAUUGUCAUUCUUUGUUGGUCAGCUAUGUUGUGAAGUAGUGGGUUUUGUACUGAAGAACAUUAUUCAAGAGAGUAGACCAUCAUUCCACAAUCAUGGAACAACAUUCACACAUUAUGGAAUGCCUUCUAGCCACUCCCAGUUCAUGUGGUUCUUUGCAACCUACACACUGUUUUUCUUAUUUGUCAGGUUGCGACGAACAGGUAAUUUCGUUACGGACACGGUGUGGAGAGCAGGCAUCGUAGUUGUAGUGUUCCUGGCUGCUUUUCUCGUAUCUUAUGGCAGAGUUCAUCUUCUGUACCACACUAGUCAGCAAGUGUUCUGGGGUGCUGUGCUAGGAAUUCUGUUGGCAAUUAUAUGGUUUGCUGUUGUUAUGCUGGUGCUGACACCUCUGUUUCCAACAGUUGCUUCGUGGCCUGUGUCAGAGUUCCUGAUGAUCAGAGAUUCAACGCUGAUACCAAAUGUGAUGUGGUUUGAGUACACAAGCACUCGGACAGAGUCAAGAGCAAGGCAGAGGAAGUUGGUAACUAUGAAGUCGCAAUGACGCAAUCGUCGGACCUGAUUUCUGGCCAGAGCUGUAACUGCAGCCUGGCCGCGGCAGUGACCUCUAGUGCAGUAGUGGGAAGCGAGUCUCAUGGCAGGCAAAUAUGAUUUAUUCACUCGAAACAAUUCUCUGCUGACAACACUAACCACAGAGGGUUGGCUAUUAUGUGUUUACCUGUUGAGGGUUAGAGACAGAUGUUUAAGUGCUCUUUUGCACUUAUGGAUGUUCAAUUGUUCACAAGGGUGUAAUUACAUUUGAAUGUGUUGCCAGAUAAUCUUACAAUUAUAAGCUAUAAUUGUUUAUCACAUGGUAAAAGAACAUGCCAUUCUACAGAAAUGCAAGGAUUUAUCUUUGUUUCUAAUAAAGGACCAAUAUUUUGAUGAGGGCUAGUCAUGAAAGUGUAUCACCUCAUAUAUUAUAACCAGGGUCAGUGUUGUUGGAGCAACUGGUGUGUACUCAAAAGCAAGAGCAGUUAGUUAGUGGAAAAUUCAAUACAGCAUAUUGUUAGAUGACAUCUUCUCUCUUCUUCUGAAUACGAAGUCGAUUUAGCAGAGGUGGUGGAAGAUGUAUGAGAGGAGCAGAUGCUAAUCUUUUGGUGGUGCUAUCAUGGCUAUUGCAUACGUGCUGCUGUCUUUGCAUUUAAUAAUGUUGUUGCUAAUUUUAGGUGUUGUACGUUGGUAGACAGUUGAUGUGAUAGAAUUUGCUGUAGGUAGUAAAUGUCAGAAAUACGGAAUUUAUUGUUCAGGCUACUCACUAAAUAUUAGUAUGAGUCCCGUAUGAAUCCUAGCUUGCUAGAGUCAUGCUGAAUGAGAUUUUAUAUAUAUAUAGAUAUAUAAUACAAUGAGUUAUAAUGCAAUGUCAUUGUGUGUUUAUACCCUUCCAACAGGCCCGUAGCCAGGGUGGGUUCGGGGGGUUCGAACGACCCCCCCCCAAGCCCUCCCCCCAAGCC